CCCAAGUCACGGUCAACUCCAAAGCAAGAAGGUCCCUCCUCUCCUUCUCCAUUAAACCACACGUCUCUCCAUUCUCUCCAUUCUCACAACACCUACACCAAUCGUCACUACUUUCAUUUUCUUUCACUCUCCCCCCAGCACUACUUUCAUUUUCACCUCACCCGCCAUGUCUGCUAAAGGAGACUGCGGCCACCACGGCGACGGACGCCGUAGACUCUUCCGCCGAAUCUUUGCCGGCAUCCUCAUCUUCAUCCUCAUCGCCCUCAUCACCAUCCUCCUCGUCUGGGCCAUUCUCCGCCCCACCAAACCCAAGUUCGUCCUCCAAGACGCCACCGUUUACGCCUUCAACGUCUCUUCUCCCAACUUCCUCACCUCCAACUUCCAAGUCACCAUCUCUUCGCGCAAUCCCAACGACAAAGUCGGCGUUUAUUACGACAAGGUCGACGUUUACGCCAGUUAUCGGAACCAGCAAAUCACCUACAGGACGGCGAUUCCUCCCACUUAUCAAGGCCACAACGAGAUUGACGUUUGGUCGCCGUUUGUUUACGGCACCGACGUGCCGGUGGCUCCGUAUAAUGCUGUUUCGUUGAGCCAAGAUCAAGCUAAUGGGGUUAUUCCUUUGUUGUUCAAGAUUGAUGGACGGGUGAGAUGGAAAGUUGGGACCUUUAUAUCUGGGAAGUAUCAUUUGUACGUGAAGUGCUCGGCAUACAUCAAUUUCGGGUCGAAGCAAACCGGGAUCCCCCUCGGGAAUAACGCCGUUAAGUAUCAGCUGGUGCAGAGCUGCAGUGUGAAUGUGUGAAGAAGAGUGAUCAGUGAAGAGCUUGAAGAAGAAGAUGAAGAAGAAGAAGGUUAACGCCGUUAAAGUAUCGUUAUCUCUUUGCUCUUUAGCUAUGGAAGCCGUUAGUUUUUUUUUUUUAAUAUUUAUUUUUCUUAUUUUUAUAAAGAGUUGAAUUGUACAUUUUGCUAUAGAUCAAUAAAUGGAGAAAAAUGAAAAGAGACAGAUAGCAAAAUUACAAUUUGUGAAAUUUGUAAUUUAGAAAAGAAAAAUCAAAUAUGAAAUUAUUAUCAAUAAUAUUAAUUAUUAUUUUCCAAUAGAUAAGAA